AAACUUUAAAAAUAGCUCAUAAACUAUUUGGAAAUAGUUGUGAAGAUUUCACUGCAGGUGAGAUGUGGAGAUCCGUUACACCCCGGUGUCUCUAAGAAAUACUCUGCUUCUUUGUGUCAUGAAGCCUGAAGUGUGGCUCUACAAUUGCUACUAAGGAAGGACACAUUUGUGUCCACUUGGUAGCCAGUAGCCACACAAAAAUAGUCUCCUGGCAGCUCUAAAGGUCCAUAGGCUUCAAUGUCAUUAAUAGAGUUAAGGUGAUACACUGCAAAAUGGGAGUGCGCUUUCCCAGUCUCUGUCAUAAAAAGAAAGUCUCUUUGUUACCAGGCAUCUGGAAUGUUAAAUGUUUUGGCAGAAACAUAACCAUGUUUUAAAUGUUUACUUUUAAGCAUUAAGGCUAACUGAGUGUCCCUUACCUAUGGGCAUUUCCUAAUGAAAUUGCUCUGCUGGGCUGAGACUCCCUGUUUGGGCCUCUGAUGGAGUGAAGAAGCACUACCUGUGAGAUAUGGUUUGGAGAGGCGUUCUGCCACCAGAAACCAGACAGCUAGAGGCAGACUUUGUGAAUGGAAAUUACAGCCAUUGUAUUGCUUAGACCCAGCUCUUGUCAGUAAUUGCUUACCACAGUGCUGGUGUCAAACACAGACGUUAUCCCAGUUCUACACAUGGGGAAAAUAAAAUGUCUCCUUUAUCCCUCUGCCCUCUCAAGUGGGGAGCUUCAUGAAAGAUGAAAAUUCCUGUGGUCCUGGCCUGUCUUAGAGAAAGGAGGGUUUGUGUGCACCUGUGUCCUGUUGGAAGUGAGGAUGCGGCCACAUCCAGACACAGGAGCUGGUAUCAUUCCCACAUCUGGCCUUAUGGCCAAAGCUCAUGGUCCUUUGCAGUCAGCGAUAAGCUCAUAGAGUCCACAGUGUUUUGUCUCUUUGCAGUGAUUAGAUUUAGGGUCUUCUCAGCUGUGUGCUCAUUUUUUUGGCUAGGACCACCUGUUUAGAAAUACACGCCAUUUGCUACCUGGGAAUUACUGGAGCCCUGUACUCAUUAUGAACGUUUGAAGAGAGAAAAAACCACAAAUCCACGUCAAGAGCAAAUAUUUGCUCCCUGACUCUUCCCUCCUGGAUUCUGCAGGGGGCAGCAAAAUCGCACAAACAUCUUGACCAUGGACUUGGAUAGAUUAAUAUCUGCCUGGAUAAAUUAAUGUUUGCCUGAAUACCCAGUGUGGGGAGAGGUGUUAUGAUCCCUCAGGGGCUGGUGCUGAGAUGCUGGGGAGGUGAUGGACGCCGGCAAGGUGAUGGAUGCUGGCAAAGUGAUGGACAGGUGGACACUGGCAAGGUGAUGGAUGCUGCAGAGGGGAUGGAUGCCAGGAAGGGGGAAUGUGGGCAGAGAAAUGCUCCCAAUUCAGAAGCUCCUGUUUUCUUAGCAAAGGGAAAUCUCCAGGUGGUGCAAUGCAGGCAGAGGACUCCAGGAAAUCUCCAACUGGCAAAACUGGUGCUUUGGAGAUUAUUGCAAGCCAGCACCACGUAUGGAUGUUGUCACAUUGCCCCGGACCUCGGCGAGAGCAGCAUCCCUUGCCUAGCACAGCAGGCUGCCACCAAAUUCACUCUUAAAGGCCUGUAGCUUUUCCAGCCCGAAUUUCUGCCAAGUGAUGGUGGCCACCACCACCAUCCACAUCACCUGUGCUCCAGAGAAAUCAUCCCACCUGCCCCCAGCUUUACUUCCCACCCCCGUGCCUCCCCCCUCUGUUGGGAGGCUGGUUAGCAAAGACCAACCGGGCAGGGUGAGGGUCAGGUGGGGGCAGGAGGACUUUGAGCUGAGCGGCGUCCCUGUUGCAAGCCAUGGCGGGCCGGCAGCGGCUGCUGCUGGAGAACGCCCAGCAGCUGGUGCUGGUCUGCAGCCGGGGUGAGGAGUACCUGCGGAGGGAUGGAGCCACCAGCCUGGCCCUGCUGCAGGGGGCCAGCUUGGUGGUGGGACUAGAUGGCUGCAUCAAAGCUGUGGGACAAGCAGAUGUUAUUCGCAAUCAGUUUUCAGGAGCAACAUUUGAAAGAAUCAUUGACUGCUCUGGGAAGUGUGUGUUACCAGGCCUGGUAGAUGCACAUACACAUCCAGUGUGGGCUGGUGACAGGGUCCAUGAGUUUGCAAUGAAGCUGGCAGGUGCAUCCUAUAUGGAGAUCCACCAGGCGGGGGGAGGAAUACAUUUUACUGUGGAACACACUCGGAAAGCCUCGGAAGAAGAGCUGUUCAACACUUUCAAACACCGACUCGAACGCAUGCGCAGAGCAGGAUCUACCUUGGUUGAGUGCAAGAGUGGAUAUGGCCUAAACUUAGAAACAGAGCUCAAAAUGCUCAGGGUGAUAGAACGUGCUAAGCAAUCCAUGGAUAUUGGCAUUUCUUCAACGUACUGUGGAGCGCACUCUGUGCCAAGGGGGAAAACUGCUACUGAAGCCACAGAUGACAUUAUCAAUAACCAUCUCCCUAAACUGAAAGAACUCAAACUAAGUGGUGAAAUACAUGUUAACAAUAUAGAUGUGUUCUGUGAGAAGGGAGUCUUUGAUCUGGAUUCUACUAGGAGAAUUCUUCAAGCUGGAAAAGAGAUAGGGUUACAGAUUAACUUCCAUGGUGAUGAACUCCAUCCGAUGAAAUCUGCGGAGCUUGGAGCUGAACUAGGAGCCCGGGCUAUCAGCCACCUGGAAGAAAUUAGUGAUGAAGGUAUCACAGCGAUGGCAAGAGCUAAGUGUGCUGCUGUCCUUUUACCAACAACUGCCUACAUGCUAAGACUGAAGCAACCUCCAGCUAGAAAAAUGUUAGAAGAAGGAGUUAUAGUUGCUCUCGGCAGUGACUUUAAUCCUAAUGCAUACUGUUUUUCAAUGCCUAUGGUGAUGCAUCUGGCCUGCGUAAACAUGAAGAUGUCAAUGAAUGAAGCACUAGCAGCUGCCACCAUUAAUGCAGCUUAUGCUCUGGGAAAAUCGGACACGCACGGCUCCAUAGAGACUGGCAAGCAGGGGGAUCUUCUUAUCAUAAAUUCAUCAAGGUGGGAGCACUUGAUCUACCAGUUUGGGGGACAUGAAGCAUUGAUUGACUAUGUCAUAGUUAAAGGAAAAGUCGUCUAUCAAAAUGAGAGGUCUGGAACAAUGAGCAGUUACUGAGGGAAGACAGUAAUUUAGGAAGCUACUAUAAUCAAAUUGCCAUGGAAUAUUUCAAGACAACAGACAAAUCAGAUUUAUAUUUACCGAUCAAUUGCUUGCCUGCUCACCUUACCAGCCUUCUUAUUCAAAUAAACUUUACUGAGCAUUA